AUGCCUGGCCAGAUCCUGGAUGUGCGUUCCGAUUCACACUCGAUAAGCACGGAUAUCGAAUUAAAUACAGCGACAAUCGAAGUUAAUGAGCCAGUUGUUCCAGGAAACGACGAUUUCCAGCUCACCUUCUUUACCGAGAAUUUUUCAGAUCACGAUUCGGAAUCGGAGGGAGGGUUUACAGAUUUUAGCGAGUGUUUCCAGAAUGAUGGGACAGAUGUAUCGGAGUGUCACACUCCGAGUUACCAGGACUACGAAUCUCGGAGCUGCACUACAGGAAUAACAUGGUGCGAUGCUGAAGACGACGAUGAUGAUGAUCACUUUGCGGGGCGGUCGUUCCUUUUUGCCGAAAGCGAUAAUGGAAGUAACUACGGUGAUCAGGAGGAUGAAGACAUGGAGGAAGGUGAGGUGUAUGGGGUGGAAGGAACGUAUGUGUAUGGAGAGGAGGACGAAGCCGACAACGAAAAGGAAGAGGAAGUGGAGGGGGAGGAGAUCUUCUACGACUGCUUAGAGAGCGUUCCGUCGAUGGAGUUAGUUGCAGAGUGGACAAGAGUUCGAGAUUCAAUGGAUUCCUAUGUGUCCUCUCGGUUUACCUGGUAUGACGACUCGGAUCCUGAAGACUCAAACGAAGUCUUUUACUCUGAAGGGGAACUUUCGGAUGGACCUCAUACACCUCGUUUAACCGUUGGAACCUUCUAUGAUUCCUCUGUGGAGACUGCUCAAGCCGUAUCACCAACCCGGGCAGCUGUCGUCAACAUCCCCCGACGAGCUUCAGCAACCUCAUCCUCAACCAAAUCAAUGCUUCUAACACCUCCAUCAACACCACAAUAUUCCCCGCACAAUACCUCGCCCUUCAAGCUGCAACAGAGACAGCUAGUACCAGUAGACCCCCGCACUCUCGUCCACGAACUCGAUGAUCAGCUCCGAAACUCGUCGAGUAUGUUUCUAGAGCUCAACGAAUCCUUCUCCAGGACAAUAGGCAUUCCACUUUCGACCCUUCAGCAACACGAACAGUCCCUCAUGCUCCCAGACAUCCGCAAAUGGGCCCGCAACGGCAAUCUGGGCCAGCUUAAUUGCACUUCAAUACCUCGAGUUCAGCGGCUGCAGAGAGCUUGCUGCAAAAGAUCCGGACUUUGCUGA